CAAAUCUGAACAGCUCCCAUCUAAACCUCCUCACACAGAGAGCUGCGUCCACCCCCUCUGCCUUCUCCUGCAGACUGCCUGUCUGGGAUCUGUCCUCGGUGAAGGACACAUUCACUGACUCGCUUUAUGAGGACGUCUUAAUGAUGCGAAACCGCCGUCUGCCGUAGUGUGAUCAGCGGGAAGAGACAGAUUGCCUCACAGAUCAGAGAGAGAGGGAUGCCGACAAGGAUGUCUGACUGAGACUGCUGCCUACCAGAGAGCUGUCAUUUUGGUUGUUGUUAACCCACUACUUCUGUUUUUUCACUGUGUUCCUCAGAGACUCAAACACCUCUUGGAUGGUGGACUGAUCAGCUGAAUGACAGCUGCUUGUGGAGCAUGGGUACAACUGCCAGCGCCGCGCCACAGCCUGUUUCCGUAGCAUCACCGCUUGAAAGUGUCCAUGGCAACGGGAUGGCCGACAGCAUGCAGUCUCUCAGCAUGAGCCCCUUCCAGACAGUCAACAUCCACAACAACAAGGCCAAGUCCAUUAUCACCAACAAAGUCGCACCUGUCGUCAUCACGUAUAACUGCAGACAGGAAUUUCAGAUUCACGAUGACAUCCUCAAGACCAACUACAAAGUGGGCCGGAUAUCAGACGCCAUGCCCGAGCACUACCUAGUGCAGGGGGAGUACUUCAUGGUCCAGGAUGUGUACAGCAAGGCAGAUGUUCUGAGCACCACGGGCAGCUACGGCGCGCCCAACUUCCGCCAAGUCAAGGGGUCCUACCCGCUGUAUGGGAUGGGUCAGCCGAGCCUGAACGGCUUCAAACAGGUCCUUCAGAGGCUCCAGGCACAAGGACAUGAGGAGGUUAUAUUCUUCUGUGUAAGAGAGGAGCCGGUGGUUUUCCUCCACAAGGACGACAACUUUGUUCCGUACACCCCCAGGAGGAAGGAAAACCUACAUGAGAACCUUCAUGGCCUGGAAAAGGAGGAGCUGGUGGAAAGCCUGGAGCUCACUAUCAGGAAGGAGCUCCACGACUUUGCCAAGCUCAACGAAAAUGUCUUCUACGUCUACAACGACAUCGAGUACUUCAAAGACGAGCCGCAGAAGAUCUCCAUCACGUGUGAGGAGGACAUCCAUGUGACUGAAGAGGUCUAUAAGAGGCCCAUGUUCACCAUGCCGGCCUACAGGUACUACAGAUUACCACUACCAGUGGAGGGAGCACCACUGGAAGAAGACUUUGACGCUUUUGUUAACAUACUCAGGGAGAGCCCCAGCUUGUCUCUGGGCCUCAAUGCUUCCCGGCCGCUACCCGCUCUGCUCUUCAGCUGCCAGGUCGGCGUCGGCCGCACCAACCUCGCCAUGAUCCUGGGCACGCUGGUCAUGAACCGCCUGAGGGGCGAUUCACAACCACAAGUUGAAGAGGCAGCUGCUCCAGAGCCCAAACCGCUGUUCCAGGUCAUCCAGUCUCUGAUCAAUAAGCUGCCUAAUGGACAGCAGGUCAUGCAAGAGGUUGACCAGGCUAUCGCCCUGUGUUCAGAAAUGCACAACAUAAAAGAAGCAAUAUAUGAGAACAAGAGUAAACUGGAAGGGAUCGGACAAGAUUAUCAAAUUCAGGGAAGCAGUACCAAAGACUACUUUCUCCACAGAACCAUGCAGAGCUUGGAGCGCUACUUCUACUUAAUUGUAUUUAAUGCAUACCUUCAUGAACAGUAUCCUCUUGCCUUUGUGUCCAACUUCAGCCAGUGGAUGUGCUGCCACGCGUGGCUCUACAGGUUACUGGCCUGCAUGGACCUGUCAGAGCUGUCUGCUCCGGCUGAGCUGGUCACCAGAGGAGCUCGCAUCCUGGUUGCUGAUGAGUGCUUGGCCCCUGAUGUGCUCAGCACGGUGAAGGAGAUGAAGGCGGUCAACUUCAGACGAGUGCCCAAGAUGCCUGUUUAUGGAAUGGCUCAGCCCACAUCAGAGGCUGCCGGAGCAGUUUUGGCCCAUCUGACGGACGAGAAGAGGAAGCACAGCCACGUGCUGUGGGUCAACCUGCAGGAGGAGCUGGUGCUGGAAGGAAACGGUCAGAUUUUUAUGCUGAGGGAGCCCUCGUGUCUGGACCAGCACAUUCCAGUCCCGACGUCUGACCCACUGCUAAUAGAGAAACUGGAAGUGUCUCUGAAGGAGGAGAUCCUGCGAGCUCAGAAGUGGCUCGAGGUGACGCUGGAGCAGGAGAAACAGAUGAAGAUGUUUAAAAGCUGCCUGACGGUCCAGGAGAUCUUCAGCCAGCACAAAAGCUCCCACCAGGGCCUCGUCUGCAAGCGCAUCCCCCUGUCGGACUGCAGCGCGCCAAAGGAGGAGGAUUUUGACAAGCUGCUGGAGGCCAUGAAGAGUGCCUUGGCUGAGGACUCUCACUCAGCGUUCGUUUUUAACUGCUCCAACGGCAAAGGCAGGACCACCACCGCCACGGUCAUCUCUGUUCUGACUCUCUGGCACUUCAAUGGUUUUCCAGAGUUUGCUGAUGAUGAGAUUGUGAGCGUUCCAGAUGCAAAGUACACAAAAGGAGAAUUUGAGGUCGUGAUGCAGCUGGUGCGUCUGCUCCCCGACGGCCACAGGAUGAAGAGAGAGGUGGACAUGGCUCUGGACUCUGUCAGCGAGACCAUGACCCCCAUGCACUACCAUCUGCGAGAGAUCAUCAUUUGCACCUACAGACAGAUCAAAAGUGGUAAGACGGAGAAGGAGAGUCAGCAGCUGCUGCUGAGGAGCCUGCAGUACCUGGAGCGCUACAUUUACCUCAUCCUCUUCAACACAUACCUGCACCUAGAGAAGAAAGACUCCUGGCAGCGCUCCUUCACUCUCUGGAUGGAACAGGUGGCUGCGAGAGCCGGAGUUUAUGACAUCCUCAACCAGCUGGGCUUCUCUGAGUUUGAAAACCCGAGGGACACGCCGCUGGCCAGGCUGCGCUGCCGCUGGCAACAGCAAAACAUUCAGUCACUUCCUUUCCGAGGGGAGUUCAUCUGAGAGAGACGAUCACUGUGAACACACCAAAACAGUACUGUGCUUUUCACAAUAAAAGACAUUUACAUUAACAUUAUCAUGCCUUCUAUAUUUACCCCUUAAUUAUGCAUACUUUCACUCCAUCUAUUGUUUUUCUCUUCUUUUUUUUCCAAAAAAACUUGUGAUGUUAACAUUUUUUAGAGUCUUAGCAAAAUGUUACUCCUAUAUUAAAAGUUGAUAUUUGUGC